GCCUUGCCGAAAAUCAUUGACACUGCAGCAAAUCGUCCCAACUUCACACCAAACCAAGACAAAGAAGCACAUGACAAUCAUGGCUGCACGCCAACAGCGACCCACAACCAGCGUGGUGCCUCCGCAGGCAGCUUCUGCUGCCGAGGUCUCUGAUGCCUCUGCUGACGGGGCAAAGGCGCAGCCACGAAGCGUGUUCGCAGAGGUGGGCGUCGUGAGCCAGGCAAAGGGAUCCGCCUUUUUCGAAAUUGGCAACACAAAAGUCGUCGCAGCAUGCUACGGGCCGCUGUCAACGUCGAGAAGACAAGGGUUCCAGGAAACGUGCAUCCUCGACUGUGACGUCAAGUUCAGUCCUUUUUCUGGUGUCAAGCAUCAGCAAACAAAGCAGACUGCGCUGGAACGAGAGUUGUCACAGCUGUUGGAGUCCAGUUUGAAGCCAUGCGUGUGCGUCAGCAAGUACCCCAAGUCUGUCAUUCAGGUGUACGCGACCGUCCUGCAAGACGACGGCGCAGCGUUCUCUGCAGUCAUCAACGCUGCGUCGAUGGCGCUGGCGAACGCCGGCAUUGAGAUGUUUGAUCUCCUCGCCGCUGCAUCCGUGUGCUUUGACACGAGCGGCGGCCUGCACCCCCACCCAACAAGAGACGAGGAAGCAGCAAAGGUGCACGCAUACAACCCCAUGCGCCUGCCCAAAGGCCUCUUUGUUUCGCUGCAGUCGCUGCUGUUGCUGCUGCUCCUCUAG